GCCACGACGGCGCUCCCUCCGGCGCAGAGGGAGUGGACAUGCGGACUGUGCGACGCGGGACUCCCCACCUUGGGGCGGGCGCAGGGGAGGCUGAGCAGGAGGAGCCAUUGGCAGAAGUGCCACGACGACGUGUCGUUCGAGGGGUUCUGCAGGAAGGUGGUCACGAAGCGGAACCUGGCGGUGCAGCAGGAGCGGUUCCCUGAACACGCCCUCGUGGCGCUGCCGUACCGGGGCCACGCCGAGCACGUGGAGUACAGGAAGGACGGCACUCGCGUGACCAUGACGCAGUUCAGAUGCAAGAGGUGCCUGUUCGCAGUGGCGGGCGCCAGCGUGGCCUCCAAGCAGCUCCGGCAUGGGCUUUCAUGCGAGCAGAACCGCCACUACACGCUCACGGACAGCAACGCGCGUUCGCAGCUGCGGGAAUGGUGGCUCGAAAAGCGGAAGGGGCGGCCGUGGGCCACGACGUGGACGGUCAACGCAGGGCUGGGAGAGACAUCGUGGCAGGCGCUGGAGGCGGCGAGCCAGGCAGAAAUAGAUGUUGUAUUCUUGCAAGAGGUGGGGCUCACGGACCAGGAUUGCGCCGCAUUCGAGGCCCGCGCGCGCAAGUUCGGCUACAGGAGCUACUUUUCGGGAGGCGCCGUGGCCCAAUCAACGGCGCCCCACCAGGCAGGCAGACCCACUGGUGGGGUUUGCACGUUGGUGUCUAAGGCGCUGAUCUCCCGGCAGCUGGACCACCUGGUGGGCGAGGACGCGCAAGCGGUGGCGGUGCGGGUCGAGGACCUGAUCACGGUCAACCUCUACCAACCUCCCGGCAAGGCCAGGGACGAGGCUAUGUCGUUCGUGUUGGGGCUGCUGGAGACGCUGAGCCGUAAGCACACCUGGUGCAUUGCGGGCGACUUCAACGACGAGCCCGGGGAGAAUCUGCUGUGGGAUCUGCUCCGGGAAGAAGGAGCGUGUCUCCGGACGGGGCGCAGGUGCAUCGACUAUUACAUAGCCUCGCACCCGACGUGCUUUGACCAGCCGGCGUUGGAGGACAUCUCGUUCAAGGACCACCGGGUUGUCGCUGCCGAACUGCAGGUGGUCCGGGGCGACAGGGGCGCGCGUGAGCCGGAUUGCAUUCUAGGCAGGUCGGCCAAUUUGGGCUGCCUGGGACACGUGGAACCAGAGCGAUGGUGUCAGCUGCAGCGGGAGGUCUAUGCGACCAUGGCUCCGCCGAGCCUCCCAGCUGUGGAGGAGCCCCGGGACAUGGACGCCAUGCAGAAACAGGUGGACGACGUGUGGAAGCAGACGUCUCUCUACCUCGAGCACUUCUUCAGGAGCACGAUGAGGAGGGCAAUGGAGGAGGCAGGAGAGGAGGCGGAAAGCAUCCGAGGAUGGAGCAUCAGGAAGAACACGCAGACGUUUCGGUACCAGGAGCACAGGUUCGGGGAAUGUGACGACCCGCACACGUCGGCGCGCAUCCAGCAGCUUGACAACCUGCGCGGGCGGAUGCGGCACAUGCAGUGGCUGCGGAGGAAAGGCCGCGAGGAGAGCGCCGAGGGGCGAAUGCUCGAAGAGAGAAUCCGCGAAGGGCUGACGAAGCAUCGGCUGGUGACGUUGAAGGAGGUCGAGGCGAAGUUGGCGGAGCACCGGAAACAGCGGAGGCAGGGCCGCAUCGACAGGUGGCGCAACCGUCUGCGAGGGUCGCUCCGGGCAUGCUGCGCCUGGGUGGAAGGCGGCAAGGCACGGCAAGUAAUGCUCCCGAAGGAGGGCAAAGGAAGGAGAAAAAAGGACGGGAGCAUAGCUGUGCAAGCGCUGCGACCCAUCACCAUCUUGAGCUGCUGGUGGCGCCUGCUCGGCAGCGUGCUGCUGAGGUCCCCCGACGCCCAAGCGUGGCAGAAAAAAUGGUGGAGGGAGGAGGCAGUUGGAGGACGCAAGGCCGGAGAGGUGUACAUGCCGCUCAUGCGCCUCAUCGACUCGUACCACCAGGGUGAGUUCAUCGCGUUCUAUGACUACACGUUGGCUUUCGACCAGACCGACCCCAAGCUGGCAGUUGCGGUGUUGAGGAAGCUCGGGUGCCCGCGCACGGUCGCCGCUAUCCUGGAACAGGUGUGGACCGGACAGCUCCGGUACAUGCAAUACCAAGGAGUCACACUCAGGCGGCCAGAGGAGGUGGGCACCUCGCUGCCCCAGGGCGACCCGUGGUCCAUGAUAGCUAUGGUGGCGGUCCUACACCUGCCGAUCACCGCCAUCGUGGCGCGCUUCCCUGGGACGGAGCUCUCCUGCUUCGUGGACGACAGGUCGUGGAAGUCCAGCACUGCGCAGGAGCUGCUGGCAGUUGGUGAGGAGUGGAGGAAGUGGUCGCUCGUCUUGGGCCUCAAGGAGAGUGAGGCGAAGUCCCAGCACGCCCACUGGACGGCGGCGGGCAGGAAGCAGCUGCUCAGAGCAGGCGCGCCAGACACCACGGUGACGGACGCUCCAGAGAUCCUCGGGGUGGGCUUCUGCAAGGGGACCGGCCGCCAAGGAGGAAGAGGAAGGAAGUAUACCAGGAAGGAGGAGACGAGGCUGAGGAGGGCCAAGGUGAUGCUCGAAAAGAGUGCGCGCCUGCCGGUCUGCAGAAGGAUGAAGGAGGCGACGAUGGCGAGCAAGGCGCUGGCAGUCGCCGAGUACGGCUGGAUCGACAGGCAGAUGAACAAGAGGGACGAGACGCGGCUACAGGCGGCGAUCGUGAGGGCAAGGCAGGAGCCCAAAGCAGGGAGCCCCCACCUCCGGGCCAUCUUCCAUGGCCACCGGCUUAGUGUCAGGUGCCGCCUGCUGACGACUGCCUUCAUGGCAGCGUGGCGCACCCUCCGCAAGGACCAGCGGCGGGCCACGCUGGGAACCUGGAGGAGGCAGGAGGGAUGCUCUGGCCGGAUCCACGCUCCUCUGCAGGGCUGCGGCUGGCAGGAACGCGCCGAGUGGGAAUGGAGGCACCCAGUCACGGGCGUCAUUCUCAGCCUGCGCAAGGGCAGCGAGCACUGGUCUGAGAGCAAAGGACGCCUCGAGCACGUGCUCCGGGAAGGCUGGCGCGCGAACCUCUUCGGGAGGUGGCGGGGGCAGAGCCGCAUCGACUCGUCUCUGUGCCGGUUCGAGCAGUACGACGAGCGGCGCUGCAAAGCCGCAAGGCUUCUGGCAGAGGGCAGCACGCACGCGGCCAGCGUGAUGUCCGGAGCUUUCGUCUCGCCGGCGCACCUGCAGGCGCCGGACUUCGAGCACGUGGUCUGGCGCUGCGAGGCGGAGAUCAGGCCCGUAGGCCGGCCACAGGAUGCGCUUCAGCGGCGCCUCCUCUGGCCGACUGGCCUGAAACGCAGGAAGGAGGUGGACGCCGGCCUGCUGUGGCGGGCCGUCGCCAUACGCAAGAAGAUCCUGGAGGAGCGCCGCGGAAGGAGGCUGGCCGAAAGCGCCGGCAGCGCACCCCCGGGGAGCUGA